GAACUAUAUACUUUUUGUUCGCUCGCUCGUUCAUUCCUUUGAUUUCGCUGAUUCAUUUAAUACCUUGAGUUUCAUCUUGCUUUUCCUUUUCCAAUUGAGAAUUGACGUAUAUACAGUGCAGGCACUAUUUCUUAGGAAUCGUUAAUUUUGAUUGCUUCUUUGGAUUUCAUACGCUAUUUCAUUUACAUUGCUAUUUUUUAUCGUUGCACAUUACCACACUCUCUGGAUACCAAUCCAGUUGUUUCAUUAAAAUAUCACGAACACUGCCGUCGUAUUGACGUUGACAUAUACAUCAUGGCCGAUAGAAAACAUGUUAGAAAAUCGAGGAGUCAGGGGUACUUUCAUCGAAAAAGACCAGAUGAGAUAUAUAUCCAAAAUGCCCAGAGCCAUAUGUUUUCAUACGCCAACAUGGAAGGAGCCAUGCCAACACCCGAGUUGCUUUUUGACGUUGAUGAAAAGGAAAACGCCACAUUUCCCCGAACUCCAGAUAACGAGGCAUCAUCACCCCGAAACUUUUUUCUCGAAAAACCACCCGUGAAUUGGAAAUCAGAGGAGACGCCUAUCUCUCCUGGUGUGACUGUUUUAUUGAGUCCGGCGUAUGGGGACGAGAAUGGUGAUUUAGAUGUUAUGGAGUUUUUCCAGGCAGCGACCUAUCCAGGACCACGAGCGGUGCGAAUUACUUCAGAAAAGCCACGAGAUAUGUCCAUAUCUCGAAAUGCAAACAAGAAGAAAAGCUCAUCAAAGAUUGGGCUUCCUUCGCCAAAAACUCCCAAAGCUUGGCCUUCGAUCGCUGUGCCUGAUAUUAGUACCCUUCCUUCGCCGGAAGUGGUUGAAAGAAAUAUACUAGGAGCUCGUCUGAAACUUUCUGGACGGGAGACUUCAACUGAGAAGUCUGUAGAUUUUCCACAAACUCAACGUCGUAUGAUUAAUAAUCCGCUUGAGGCAUAUCUUGUGGCACCAAGGCAUAUGUCAGGCCGGAAACAGACGGGCUCACCAUCUCCGGAGAUAAGAAAUACUCGUAGCCAGAAUAAUCUGCUAGAACCAACAUUAGCAGCCAGCGGAUCCAUAUCAAGGACGUCUAGUCCAGUUUUUGAGUUUGACGAUUCGGAAAUCACAGAUAUUGAAAGUGGUGAUGAGUUCGAAGAGACAAGUAACGAGAGACUAAGCAGAUGUGAAACAUUGUCAAGUCAAGAUCUUCAUAGUCCAAUGUUCGACAAGCCUCCAAAGCCAUUGGAAAAAGAUUGGAAGUUCCGUCUUCAACAAGAUCAUGCCAUGGGUACUCUUGGUGCUUUAGAGUCACCUUCGAUGUUCUCGUCUGCUAGCCAAGCUUCUCAAAGAGUACCCAAGUCGACACAUAGAAGGCUCGGCGAGAUUGAAUUGCCGAAUUACAAUACUGAAUUUUCGAAUAUUUACACAAAGGAUACGCACACAACUCGUGCUCGUCAAACCAGUGCAGAAUCAGCACGCUCUCAAACCUCACCUACCAUACCGCCACCUCGAAGGAAUAGUCCGCCUAUCAUGGCACCAAUUCAUCGAGACCAGAGCGAAGAAAAGGGAGCAUCAUUUGAACCAGAAUCCCGCACGCCGAGAACUGUAGUAUCGAAUUGGCUUACGAGUAUGUCUUCUAACGCUGGACGUAAGGAACAAUCGCGAGAGCAUGAUGUUUUUUGGAAGAAAAGUCGAAGUUGGGGUAGGAAGACAAAGCCUAAAUUGGAAGGUUGGAUUUGAUAACAUAGGCGGGGAACAUACUGUUGUUGGGUAGUUUUGGUGGGGCGGAUUCUAGCAUUAACGUGUCGAUGGACGGGGAUAAUCAAAUUUGUUAAUGAAAAUCUAGGCAACUGGAAAUUUUGAUGGGGAGCGUUGUGGAGAAAGAUUGCAUGUCAAAAUAUAAAGCUUUUGAGAGGGAACUUUGGCUCCCUAGGAGUAGAGGAAUGGAGAAGAGGCUGGAUCAUAAUCGUUCCUCGUAAUUGCCAAGUGCUUCUUGAUGUCAAAAUGACUAGGUAUGCGCGCGGCUGCUUGCUGUCAUUACCAGCUGCAUCUCUAGACCUUCUUGACAGCUAAUAAUGUUACGUCAUGCUCUGUCGCUCUAGCUUCUGUUUGCUGCAAAAUUGCACGAUGUCCGUUAAGACCUUCACCAAUCUUGGAUUCA